AUGAGCUUGACUGAAUUAACAAAUAAACUUGCAAAGGAGUUUGAUGAAUGUUUGGAGACAAUCCUAGCUUUACCUGAACAACAACAAGAAAAUAAAGAUGAGGGACAAGAAAAAGGACUCAAUGAACAAGUUGCAGGUUUACGAUAUACCUUUUUGCAGUUAGAGAGUCAAUUGAAGAAUAUGAGAACAAAGACAUUACAAGAUAAAGAGCUGUCUUUGAAAGAAAUAAAUAGAUUGCUUAAACGCGAUAUUGAGAUAAAAAAGCGUGCUAUUGAAACCUAUGUCGCUAAACUGGAAGAGUGGGAUAAGGAAAUACCAACAUUAAUAGAACAAAGCAAUCGUGCAGUAGCGUCUCGUCUGAAUGGAUAUGAUUUUGAUUCAGAUAUAACAACUCCUCCACCACAGACAACAAAUGAUGCUCAACAACAAAACGAUGACGAUGAUGAUGACGACGACGACGAAGGUGUUGAAUUUGAAGAAGUCUAAAUGAAUUAUUGUUUAUUUACACGGUGGAUUUACAUGUGUCUUUGUUUUCUGUUGACAGAUCUUCUUCUUCAUAAUCAUCACUCUCUUCUUCAUUAUCAUCUUCGCUCUGGUGAUUGACUAAUUCCAGAUCCUUUAAUUUUCUUUCUGGUAUAACCUCUAAAAAUGCUUGUUCCCAAUUACGACAAUCAAGCCAUUUGGUCAUGAUUUCCACCACUAUUAAAGUACUUAUUAUCUUUUCUUCCUUUUUAAUAUGAUAUCUAUUUACCAUGGUUGACAGUAAGCACCUUUCUAGAAGAUAUCUUAAGAUAGUCACCAAUAGGUAAUCUAGCCGUUUUAAUGCCUUGCUCGUCGGCCUUGUUUUUACAGAGAUU